CAAUAGGGCAGGGUCCAUCACAUGCUCAGCAGACUUAAAUAAAUCAAUAAUCAGCACCAUGCUUUGCAACUGUCAUGAAUUGCCAGCCUGCAAAAGUUCAUUUUAUGUCAGAUGGAUCCUUCCAGCAGCACCAUCAACUGAGCCUGCCAGUGUUAUGCUUGGUCACGGCAUUGACUCUGGAUGCUAUCACAGACACAAUGUCCCUAUUUAAGAAGCCCAAGAAGAAUAUACGCCAGCGAGUGGUUGUCAAUUAUAGUGAUGAAGAGAAUGAGGCAAGCAAUGAGGCAUUAGAAACCACAACUAAAGCAGAUAAUGAUGACAGCAUGGAUGGGAUUGGAGACUCAAAAGAGAACAGUAUGGAUACUAAAUUGGAGAAGAAGAAAAAGAAGAAAAGAGAAACAGCAGUUGUAAGUUUUAUGGAUGAAGAGGAAGAAGGAGAGGUGUUUCAAGUGAAAAAGUCGAGCCAGAGCAGAAGGCUUGCAAAACAAAUUGAGAAGGAGAAGCGAAGGAGAGAAAUGCUGGAGAAAGAAGCUAGCAAUGGAAAUGAAGCAGAUAUAAAGCUGGAGCCCGUGUCGCCGCCGGCCGUGCCGAACGCUGCUGAGCCGGCCGAGUCGGCGCCGCGGCCCGCCGUGCUGAGCGGCCGCGCCGCUGAGAUGGCCGGCUACCACAGCUCGGACGAGGACGAGAAGCCGGCCGGCCGCCGCCCCCUGCACCGCUUCACGCCGCGUGCCUCGCUCGACAACGUGCUGAAAGACGGUGCCAUCCCGGACGCGGCCACGAUCCACGCCGUGCGUAAGCGGCGCGAGCAGGCGCGGCGCCAGCAGGAGGCCGCCCCCAACUUCGUGCCGCUCAGUCAAGACGGUGCCGGGUCGGGGGCCGGCGGCCGACCAGCCCAUCAGGAGGACGACGACAGCGGGCCCGAUGACGACCGGGUCACCUUCACCGUCAGUACGGCGGCGCGAGACCGCGAGGCCCGCCGCGACCAGUUCAACGCCGCCAGGGAUCAAGAGGACGAGCAUGCGUCGGACGGUGACGACAAAGAGCUCGCCCGCUGGGAGAACCAGCAGAUCAAGAAGGCCUUCUCCGGACCGCAGCUGGCGUCGGUGACGGCCGAGCACUACCUGCUGCCGACCGGGGAGGCGGACGAGCCGGGCGGCGCGGCGACGCGGCUGGCUGACCCGCUGGGCCGCCGCCAGCGCCGGCCGCUGGCCGAGCUGACGCCGCACGCCGUGAGGCAGCGUCUCCAGCAAAAGCUGGGGGAGCUGCGGCUGGCCCAGUCCGGUCACGUGGCGGCGCGUGACCGGGCGCUGGACGACCUCGUGUCGGGCCAGUCGGAGAUUGACCGGCUGGAGCGCGAGGCGCCCCGCGCCUUCCGAAGAUACCAGUACUACCAAGAUAUCCGUGGGUAUGUCACAGAUCUGAUAGAGUGCUUUGACGAAAAGAUGGCGCUGAUCGAAGAGUUAGAAGGACGUAUGCUGGAAGUGCUGCGUGCACGCUCCCAGAAGCUAAUAUUGCGGCGCCGCGCUGAUGUGCGUGACCAGCGAAUGGAGCUGGACAGCAGCACACAGCGGGCCGGGGUGCACUACUCGGAGCAGAGCGCCGAUGAGGUGGCCUCGCGGCGUCGGCGGGCGGCCGAACGCGAGGGUCGCCGCACGCGGCGGCGACGUGCCCGCGAGCUGUCGGCUUCUGGCGGCGCUGACCAUCCAGACGGCCUCAGCUCCGACGACGAGACGGCCGCCACCGACGGCGACCAGUUCCAGAAGGACAGGGACGCCGUGCUGCAUGACGCCGCCGCCGUCAUGGCCGACGUGGAGGAGGACUUCAGCACGCUGGCAGGCGUGUGCCGGCACUUUGUCGAGUGGCGUCGCAUUGACGCGCAGGCGUACCGCGACGCCUACGUCAGCCUGUCGCUGCCGCGCGCCCUGGCGCCGCUCGUGCGCCUGCAGAUGCUUGCCUGGAACCCGCUGGCCGAGGGGGAAUGUCCGGAGCUGGAGAGUCACGCCUGGUUUGCCGAGCUGGUGGUGUUCGGCGCCGACCGUGCAGCUGACUCCGAGGAGGCGCUGCGCGACGACCCCGACUGUCUGCUGGUGUCGCGCGUGCUCGAGCGCGUCGUUCUGCCCAAGAUGACCGCGCUGGUGGACCAGGUGUGGGACCCGAUGUCGAACGCCCAGACGCUGCGGCUGGUGCACCUGGUGCGCCAGCUAGUGCGGGACUAUCCGACUGUGAGCGGCACCAGCGGCCAGCUGCGCCGACUCCUGCAGGCCGUCGUCACCGCCUUCAAGGCCAGCAUCAAGGACGACGUCUUCGUGCCGCGCUUCCCCAAACAGGUGCUAGAGAGCCGCUCCACGCCGGCCGCCGCCUUCUUCUACCGCCAGUUCACCAGCUGCGUCAAGCUGCUGGGCAACAUGCUGAGCUGGACGGAGCUGCUGGGCGACGCGUGCCUGCAGCAACUGGCGCUGGGCGAUCUGCUCAAUGACAGCAUGCUGCUGCCGCUGACGCUGGUGCCCGACCCGGUCGAGGCCGUCAACAAGUGCAAACUGGUGGCCAGCGCGCUGCCCCGCGCCUGGUUCCAGGGCGACGCCUCCCUGCCGCAGCUCAACAUGUUCGUCAGCUACCUGACCAUGCUGGCCGUCCAGCUGAACAAGACGGCCAGCAAAACCACGCCGCUGAAGGCCAUCGUCGCCAUACUGAAGAAGGUGGGCGCCACCGAGGCCCACAGCAAGGUGUCGGCCAUGCUGGAGUGAGGGAGCGUCUGCGGUGUGCCGGCUUGGCGCCCCCCCCCCCCCCCGUGUCACCGCCGGGGGAGGGUGCGUACCGCUGUCCGGUGACCGUGUGGUGCUGACCCCGCUGGAGGGCGUAGCGCCGGCUGCUGGCCGACAGUCAGCUGAAUACAUGUGGCGGCUAGGGGAGUGCUCCGCCAUCAAUCGUGACAAACAAACUGGUCGAAUACAUGUAUAUUGCCUGCCUUUGCCGAUCUGUGUGACAGGGGCGGACGGAGACGUCUCGCAAUGGCGGGUGAAUGGACCAGUGUGCGAUGACAUACGAGAUCACGGACAACGGGAAACAGCUCCCUGAAUUCAUCAACAUGGAGCAGAAUCCGGUGCUAUUUCUGGACGGCUGAAGCCAAUAUGGCUCGAACACCAUGGGGCUCGCCUGCCGCCUCGAGCGGCACGAGGUGUGCACAACUUGCUCCAAUAUUACAUUCCUAGAGUGAGUAAUACAAAAUCACCGGGUUCAAAAGGCAGCGAUUCGAUUCCAAUAAGUCACAGACAGAUGAAAUACCGCCACUUAUAGUUGUGUCGUCGGCAGUACAGUUUACGUGCCGAAACACUCAUACCUUGCGGUAUUCGCUUCCUACUGAGCCUCGUGUCAAGGCCGAGGCUUGUGAGCCGGCAGCGUAAGCGGCCAUCUGACGUACAAAAGUACAUCGACAAGUUUGUAGACAAAUGAGUAUUUUA